CCGUGAUUUCUAAGGCGGCCGUGCGUACAAGAGUACUGGGUGUGCACACGUAUGCACUUAUCCCAGUGGCGUAACUACAAAGAAAACAAACAGGCCCGUGAUAGACCAAUGGCAGCUUUGGAAGUAGGGGAAAACAAAGUAACCCGCGUCUUUAUAAACUAAGACACCACAGCGUGGACUACCGCCUCACUUCAGUCUAAUCGGACCAAUCAGGGCAAAGACCUAGUUCCCGCCAGCACGUCCAGGUUUAGCAGUGCGCAUGCCCAGUGUCAGUCGAAUGGGAAGUGCCUAAAGACACUGGAAGGCGUUGCAAUUUAGAGGAGGCGGUGGUGGUACCAUUCCCAGCGUCCCUCGCGCGGCUUCCGCCAUCUUGUUCCGGCGAGAAAGCGCUUUUUAGAGACCCGUCUAUUUCCCCGCUUUGUACCGAUUAAGGCGGAGGUGCUGCUUCGCCACGGUAGCGGGGAGAUCGGUGGUCGUUCCAGCGGGACAUGUUGAAGCAGAAAAGAGCGCGGAAGUGGAGUUAGGUUCGUCACGGAGUAAUAGCCAACCCUCGUCUCAGAGACACGCAGUUUUCUCCCCGCCCUCUGCGCCUACCUACUCAGCACCGAGCCAUGGACGCCGUCAACGCCUUUAACCAGGAGCUGUUCUCGCUUAUGGAUAUGAAACCUCCGAUCUCUCGUGCAAAGAUGAUUCUAAUUACUAAAUCUGCUAUUAAAGCAAUAAAGCUCUAUAAACAUGUAGUUCAGAUUGUGGAAAAGUUCAUCAAAAAGUGUAGACCUGAAUUCAAGGUUCCUGGGCUAUAUGUCAUUGAUUCCAUUGUCCGUCAGUCUCGCCAUCAGUUUGGAAUUGACAAAGAUGUUUUCGGUCCGAGAUUCACAAAGAAUUUAACAGCCACUUUCCACUGUUUAUAUACAUGUCCCUCAGAAGAUAAGAGUAAGAUUGUCAGAGUAUUGAACCUGUGGCAAAAGAAUGGAGUUUUUAGAAUUGAGAUGAUCCAACCCUUGCUGGAUAUGGCAGCGGGUGCAGUUGCGGCAGAUGUAAUGACUGACAACUCUAUGAUGGAAGAAGAUAUCACUGAAGGCUCUUCACCGCCCUCUGUCAUGAUCCCGUCCGAACUGUCUGGCGAAGUUCAAGAACCACCUUUGGCUGCACCUGUUCCUCAGAUACCUACUCCUGAUGCAUUUGCAGCCGUAGCACAGUUGUUUCAGAGCUCCCAAGGGCAACAGCUCCAGCAGAUUCUUCAGACUUUUCAACAACCUCCAAAACCACAGUCUCCAGCGAUUGAUGAAAAUGUGUUUGCUCAGGUUCAGGCCAUAACAUCUCAUUUGAAUGCCCCAACACAUCAGCCAGAGAGAAAAACUGCAUUUGAUAAGUUGCUUGACAGAUUUGAUUAUGAUGAUGAACCUGAUGCAUCCGAGGAGUCAAAGAAAGAGGCUCCAAGCCCUCCUUUGUUAGCAUCACAGCAGUCACAGCCACCACAUCAACCUUUCACAUUCCAAGCAGACAACAUGCAGCCUGCAGCUUAUCCUGGUCAGUUACCUGGACAGGUGCCAAACAUGGAUCCGUUUCAGCCCAUGAUGAUGGGAAUGCCGCAGGAACCCCUACUUCAGCAGCAGACUCCACUUCCUCCGAAUGGCCAAAUGCUUGGGUUUGGUAUGGUUCCUUCUCAAUCCUUUGCAUCUAUGGUACCACCUAUGGUGUCUGAGCCUCCUGCCCAUGGUUUUCAAAAUACUUUCCAAAUGCAGACAAAUGAAAUGCAUGUGCAGAAAGAACAUCAACAGGAGAUGCCCAUGGAUGUCGAACAGCCAAAUGUUCAAGAAACUAAACGUCAUAUGAAUGAGCAAAACAAGUCUGUAUCCAGGUCACCGAAGAGACGCCGUUCACGAUCUGGUUCUCGCUCACGGCGCUCUCGCCAUCGCCGCUCACGUUCGCGCUCUCGUGAUAGACGUCGGCACUCCCCAAAAUCUCGUUCACAAGAAAGACGAGAUAGGGAAAAGGAAAAAGAGCGAAGGCAAAAAGGACUUCCUCCUAUUAAAUCAGAGACUGUUAGCAUUUGUAGUACUACACUCUGGAUAGGACAGCUGGACAAGAAAACAACACAACAAGAUGUUGGAAGCUUUUUAGAAGAAUUUGGACCCAUUGAAUCAAUAAAUAUGAUUCCACCACGUGGCUGUGCGUAUAUUGUUAUGGUCCACCGCCAAGAUGCAUAUCGUGCUUUAAUGAAACUGAGCAGAGGAAAUGUCAAAGUAAACCAGAAGGCCAUAAAGAUUGCAUGGGCUUUGAACAAAGGAAUUAAAUCAGAAUACAAACAGUACUGGGAUGUGGAGAUCGGAGUUACAUACAUACCGUGGAAUAAAGUCAAACCUGAGCAGCUUGAAAAUUUCUGUGAAGGAGGAAUGUUAGAUAAUGACACACUAUGUCCAGAAUGGAAAGCACUAACAAAGAAACCUGAGCCAAAGGAUUUGUCUCGCAAUGGUGCAGCUGAGGCUAAAGGUGUUGGGGAGGCUUCUCCUGCACCUCAAGUUCUGCCACUAUUAUCCAUUUCUGUCCGUGCACCCAUUCCUGCAAUGCAGGUGCCACCCCUUCAGCCAAUGUCAGCCCAUCAGCCAGUGCCAUCCAUUCCAACUCCAGGGGUGCCAGCAGUACAAGGAUUGCCCCCUCCCCAGGGUUUACCACCCUUGCAUGGGGUUCCUCCAUUACAGGGAAUGCCUCUCCCACAGGGGCUUCCUCCACAAGGAUUGCCACUCCCUCAGGGCAUACCACUGCCUCAAGGCAUGCCUCCCCAUCAGCCUAUUCCAGGAAUGGGACCACUACAACCUCCUGGCUUUCCUAUAGGUAUUCCUCCUCCUGGAUUUGCACCUGGAGUUCCUCCUCCACCAUUUAUGAGACCAGGAUUUAAUCCAAUGCAUAUGCCUCCAGGCUUUCUGCCUCCUCCUGGACUUCCCCCACCUAUGACCCCACCUGUUUCUAUUCCUCUUCCCACGCCUGGAAUAAACAUCCCAACUUCUACAGCAGAUACUUCAUCUAACGACUCUUCAAAAGAUGUAUCUCAUGCAAAUCCUAGUCCAAUGGUUCCUGUAAGGGAAAAUAUGGAGGAGGACGUGAAGGCUGAUCAUGGCAAUGGAUAUAAGCCUAUCUCAUCAGGAGGGCCAAAUAAUGCUCCAGGGCCCUUGAACCCACUUCACGGUGAUCCACAAGGGGGCUCAGAACAAGGACUUGGUUCUGGACAAGCACAGGGAGCCCAUCCGAGACUGCCACAAGGGCCUUUUUCAGGCACAACUGAAGCUGCCCAUCAGGGUCCCCCAGAAGGUUCCCACCAAGGCCUGCCAGACGUAACAGAUCACAACCCUCCAGAAAGUCAUCAUUACACUCUACCUGAAGGUCCUCAUCAUGGUCCAUCAGAAAUCUCCCACCAUGGCCCACCUGAAAGUCAUCAUCAUAGCCCACCAGAGGGUCCACAUCUGGGCCCACCAGAAGGUCCUCGUUCUGGUCCACCAGAGGGUGUACAUCAUGGUCCUCAAGAAGGUUCUAAUCACGGUCCCCCAGAAGGUCCGCAUCGUGGGCCACCAGAAAGCCAGUUCCAUGGGCCACCAGAGGGCCCGUAUCAUGGACCACAGGAUGGGCCUUAUCAUGGGCCACCAGAGGGCCCAUAUCAUGGGCCACCAGAAGGUCCAUUUCAUGGCCCCCCACAUGGUUCUUAUCAUGGGCCUCCACAGGGUCCUUUUCAUGGACCCCCACAAGGUCCUUAUCAGGGGCCCCAUCAUGGCCCCCCACAAGGGCCCCAUCAUGGACCUCCCCAGGGACCCCAUCAUGGCCCUCCGCAGGGACCCCAUCAUGGCCCACCUCAAGGACCCCAUCAUGGCCCCCCACAAGGACCCAGUUCUGGCCCACAUCCUGGCCCUCCUUCUACUGGUCUUUUAGGUGCACGACCUGGUUUAAUACCACUACAGAGGCCACCUGGAAUUCCAUCUUCAAACAUGCAACGCUUUCCAAUGUCUCAAAGGCCUGUCCCCCCUCGUAUGAUGAACAGAGGCCCCCCUCCAGGGCAGGGUGGUUUUGGUAUGCCACCUCAUGGGAUGAGGGGCCCUUUACUACCACAAGGGCACUUUCCUAGACAGAGAGGACCGGAAGGUCAUGGGGGACCUGAAGAGCGGGAUGGUAGACCAUUCAGAGGUGAAAGGCAAGGCUUUCCUCCUGGUAGAGAAACAGAAAGGUUUGGAAGGCGUUCAUUUGGAAAUCGUAAUGAAGAUGAACGAGAGCGCUUUGGUAGGCGCUUUGAGGACCCUGAUCAUGAGCGGCCUUCUAGUCGUGGGAGGAGCAACUGGGGUAGAGGAAGUCCUAGCCGUGAAAGACAAAGAGACUCUGAGGAAAGAAAUAGAUGGUCAGUGGGACAUGAGAGAGACAGGAGUCACCCUAGAGGAAGGGGAGAUUUCCUUGAGAACAGAAAAUCUGAUGCAGAGCUUGAUGAAAACCAUAAACCUUUUAGUAGUAGAAUGCGAAAUGCAGAAACAGUUACUGAAAGGAAAGAGGGUAAAGAGGAACCUGCAGGGAAAAAGCCAGUUGAAGAACAGCCUCAAAAAGCUAAAUCAUCUGAAGAAGCAGAAAAGGACACUGGAUCAAAUCCAGCAAAGCCUUAAAUAGUUCCAAGAAACAUUACCGUGCUGACAGCUUGGGAAGUGUAAAUUAUGCUGUAUAUUUGCUUCUCCUCAACCUCCCCCGUUACUGAUUUUUGGGUAAUUGCAGGUUAUCUGGGUUUCCUUCUGUUUGAAAUGGUUCCGUCUGAUUGCAAAGAUUAUUUGUCUUCUGUAACCUUCUAAGUGCACACUUGUGUUAACAAGUCAAAAUUAGUUUUUUGUUGUUUUUUUUAAUGAGGAAAAGAAAAAUACAAAACAUUAAGGUCCUCAGAAAAUAGGUUUCUGUUUUUAAUAAACUCUAUUUUCGUAA